AUGGGGCCUCCGCCGAGCGCAGCUGCGUUCGCCCCGUCGAAGAGGGGGCCGGCGGCGGCUGGAUGGAGAGCUGGUACGUCUCCGCGGUCCCCGCCCGGACGGGCCCUCUCGGAUGGAGGUCCUGGACGAGUUCGACAGCGAGAUUCCCCCGAGCGUGACCUUCUGCCAGCGCAUCUCCGAGGAGGACUUCGAGAGACAGGCGGCGACCUACACCAAGCGCGCGCUGCGCCGCCUCUUCCGCAGCAUCGACCGCAACCCGAAGCUGGCGAGCGGGUGGUGCGCAGGGGCAAGCAGGCCGAGUGCGAGCGGCGCGGGCUCCUCUCCUUCCUCUGGGCGAAGUUCUUCUGUGCUGUCCAGGGGGAGCUGAACUACUGCAACUGCGUGGGCGCCGGGGAGAUACAUCGGCGCCUGGAGCAGCUGAGGAGGAGCAUCUACCGCGCGCACCUCUACUCCCAGGAUGCCAAGAAGAGGAGGAAGCGGAAGUUGAAAAAACCAGAACCCAUCCUCUUGAGGGACCGGUCAACCUCCCCGUGUCUGCCACCAACCCUGCUGCCACCUCUGCCACUGCCACCACCUGCCACCACCAUGGCCUCCGAGGUGGCUCCAUCGCCUUCUGUCUGCACUAUGCCCAGGGUUUUUGGUCCUUACAAUCCGCUGCCCUGCAAGUCGGUCAGUGGGCACAUCCCCCACUCUAUGCGGCCCUGGGAGGGACCGCCUCUGCCCCCUGCUCAGAACCACCCCAGCAGCUCUCCCACACCCACAACAGUGGCUCUCAGAACUUUGUUUUAA